AUGGCUAUGGACGCUCUCAAAAACCUUGCGAACAACGUUCCAGACUGGCUGCAGCGCCUCGACGACCUCAGCGGCCAGAUCGACCGACGCCAGGCCGAGCUGGCCGCUGUCGCUGCAGCAGAAGGACGGAAUCCAGAGACAAAGUCCCUUCGCAAUAAGGGCUCGACUGAGUCGCUAAAGCCUAAAGAUGACCCUCCGGUAGUCCACGCUGAGGCUCCCAACGACGAAGACAUUCUCGAAGAUGCUACUGCCGAGAACGGAGCGCAAACACCAGUUAAAACCAAUACGCCCAAGGUGCAUACACCGAGUCCCGGUUCCAUUCGUCAACAACAAGAGAUUAUCAAGACAGCGCAAGCUAGAGCACGAGCUGUAGUAAAGAAAAAGCCCAAGUCACCAUCUAUGAUGUCCAACGACGACGCUCCCGCCGCCUACCGAACAAGAACCAUGAUUAUUGUUUACUACGACAGCUAUGUUCAGGGCUUCUUUGACGAACUUGUGCGAUUCGUCUCAUCGAGUCGAAACUUGAUGCGCAAGGCCAAGAUGGCCGCAAGAGUCGCCCAGAUCAAGAAAUUGGCCGAGCAAGACGUGUCAGAGGAUGGCAACAAUGACGACGCACUCCCUUCGCUACGAUAUAUGAGCAGCAGGCGAUUCGGCCCCAUGUCAAUAGCACGGCCCGGCGCUGGUGAUCAGCCCCCCGAUGUAUACGAUAAUCUCGAUAAGGGUCUUGAAUUUGUGCAGAGCAUGUGCGAGCACGGUGCCCACCAGUUCCUGCGCGACGGAGACUGCAAUGAUGAAAUCAGCAAGGUGCAGAAGCGACUUACCGAGGUCCUCGAGAUGGCCAAGACAGAAAUGGAGCGCGUCCAGCGCGAAGAACCUGAACUGGCCAAGGAAACAGGCGAGAUGGGCAAGGUCCGCACACGGCGACCCAUCAGCAUGCGUCGCGAGAUGUCGGCCGGCCUCAAGGAAGGCAGCCCAACUCCCACACCCACAAAGGAGGAGAACAACAAACUGGAGCCCGCAAAGCUAGAAGCUGCCGAACCCACUCCAGCACCGGAUCCCAUGGCGCCCAUGGCGGUGGAUCCAAACAUCAUGGAAGCCGACGAGGGCAUUGAUGUCGAGAUGGAGAUGCCCAAACUACAAUAUCGAUCAACCCGGGCGAUGCGCAGCCGCGGUCCAUAG